AUGAUCAACUCAUGUAUUGGAUUAAAUGAUCUAUCUGAUGAAAUUCUUAUGAUUAUUUUAAAAAAACUCAACAAUCUUGAUAUACUUCCUUCUUUACAUGGUGUCAAUCAGCGAUUUAAUAGAAUUAUUCAGGAUCCAAAUUUUACAAGUCGUUUAACUUUCAUAAAUUGGUCAUUAUAUAAUUUUAUUGAUGUAUUAUCUUGUAAUACGAUACUAAUUCGAUUUUGUUUCCAAAUUUUACCUGCAAUUCAUAAUAAAAUCAAAUGGUUUGAUCUUGAAUCAUCAACCAUGAAAUAUGUUCUACGAGCUGCUCAUUAUCCGAAUUUAGAUAGUCUUGCCCUUUAUAAUAUUGAUGAACAGUCAAUUCCAUGUCUUUUAACUGGUAAGUAA